AUGCGGUUUGAGUAUACGUAUAAGCCUGAUUACUAUGUUUUGUCAAAUAGAGAAUUUCUAACUGGCUUUCACAAACGAAAACUGGAACGUCGUGCCAAAGCGCAAGAAUACGCUAAACAACAAGCGAAAAAGGAGCACGUGCAGGCUGUUAAAGAGCAACGGGAAGCACGUCAAAAAGAAACAAAAGAACGACUAGAAAAACUUCAAUCGAUAAUUGACAAAACUUAUGGAGUGAAAAAAGAAAGUGGAGAUGAAGAUGGAGAAAAAGGAGAAGAUACAUUCGAUAGUAGUUCGGAAGAUAUUACUAAUGACAAUUUUGAAGAAGAAAUAUGGAAUAAUAGACAAAAAGGGAAUAAAAAAGAGUCAAAUAAUAACAAUAGUGAUAGCAAACUAAAAUCAAAAGACCAAUCACUAUCUGAUAUGAAAGAGUAUAGGACUCGUGACACCUUGACUACAGUCACAAUUGUUGAGGACUUUAAAAUAUCGAAUGUUAAUGACAACGAUAGCAACAUUAACAGUAAUAAUCAUAAAUAUAGUCACCAUAAUCGUAGUAAUAAACAUAAUGGUAACAAUAUUCAGAAGUCUAACAAGUCUAAUAAAAAGUUUAGAAAAAGAAAGUAA